UUGAAAUCAAACCUUCGACAUAUGAAAAAGGUUUCCUUAUUGACAUUUAAUGUUCUCAUUCCUAAACGCGCAUGACUUUUUACUGUGGGGGUCAAUGCGCAUAGUCAAAGCAUUGCGCAUUUCGUGGCUAACCUAACCGAGUCGAUCGACCAGCAGCAGCGAACGAGCUGUCAGUGCGAAAACCUAUUCAUUUCGUCUUUGUGCUGUAUUUUGGUGCCUAGUGUAUUCAAGCGUGUGCUAAGUGUAUUGGAAGGCGUAUCGUAUAAUUUGGGUGCUAGUAAACAAUAAACUUACAGGAUGCCUUCAGCAGCGCCACCCGCCGAAAAUGGCGCUCCCCGCAGCGAGCUGGAACAGCUCCAGAUGCGCGCCGGUCAAGUCACCGACGAGUCUCUGGAGUCGACGCGGCGCAUGAUGAUGCUAUGCGAAGAGAGCAAGGAGGCCGGCAUUCGUACUCUGGUCGCUCUAGACGACCAGGGAGAGCAAUUGGACAGAAUCGAGGAGGGCAUGGACCAGAUCAACGCGGACAUGCGCGAGGCCGAGAAGAAUCUGUCGGGCAUGGAGAAGUGCUGCGGCAUCUGUGUCCUGCCCUGCAACAAGGGAGCAUCGUUCAAGGAGGACGACGGUACGUGGAAGGGCAACGAUGACGGCAAGGUGGUCAACAACCAGCCCCAGAGGGUGAUGGACGAGCGCAACGGUAUAGGACCACAAGCCGGUUACAUAGGAAGGAUAACAAAUGACGCCCGCGAAGACGAGAUGGAGGAGAACAUGGGCCAAGUGAACACGAUGAUCGGUAACCUGCGCAACAUGGCGCUCGACAUGGGCUCCGAGCUGGAGAACCAGAACCGCCAGAUCGACCGCAUCAACCGCAAGGGCGAAUCGAACGAAACGAGGAUAACUCUGGCGAACCAGCGCGCGCACGAGCUCCUCAAGUAAACGGCGGCGGCACUCACACACACACACCACACACACACGGUCUCGUGGUCGCCGCGUCCGACGGACCGGUUGCAGAUACACACACGGAAACUAUCACUAUCAGUUAUCAAACUCGAGAAUUAUUAUUAUUAUUAUUUUCCUCUAAAAGUCGUAAAAGAUUGUAUUGUUUUCUAAGAGAUUUAUGUCUUAUUUUUCGUAGGUUUAGCUUGUAAGGAUCUGCAACCGGUAUAAUUAAAUAAAAAAAUAUUUUGCUUAGUGUCUCACUUCUAUCUCGAGAUACAUUUAUCCAAGUGUAAUUUAAAAUAAUUAUCGUGUAAUCGUUUCAUGUUACUGUAUAAAGUGAACACCGCAGUUUUUGUCUCUACCCGUUCUGCUUACCCUCGACGCUCAAGUUUUAAGAAAUGUUGAUGGAUGUUUAGAAGAAUAAGUACACGUAGUUUUGUAUCGGGUCAUAAGAUAUACCCCUACACUAUCUAAAAGUGGCUCGGUGCUAUUCAACAAAGGUGCAGUCUACGGUAGCUUAAAAUACAAGGCAGCUUCUUUCCCCACAAUACAUGUAAGCUCUAGAUACUAGAGAAAUAUCUGCAAUAACAAUUUCAACAGCCGAAAGCGAAGCUCACUUCAAAUUUUUCGAAAAGUUUAGGUAUACCUAAUUUAUUUAAUUACUAGUUGAUGGGCUCCUUUUCGCCGCAAGUUAACUCGAAAUCGGACCAUUGUGCGCAUUGCGACGUCAUUUCGUACUUAAUUUUAACCACGAGGAAUUCCUUUAUUUUUGCAAUAUGCGUACCCCUUGAUCGUCUUUAUUAAUCGUCAUCACCAUACAAUGCCCGAUACAAAACUACAAAACUUCUUACAAAUAGUUUUUGGUGCUCAUUUCAUGCAGUAGAUCAUGUUAUAAACUUAUAUAAUCGUAUUUACGCAGUCGUAUCAUAUACUGAAAUUAUUAUAGAACGUAAUACACAAUUAAAAGUUUAAGAGGUUAAUGCGUGACAUUUAUUUUGAGAAAUUGCAUUUACCCCCUGUUAACGUGUAGUGUUACUGUUGUCGCUAGUUGAAAAUAUCGCUUCGCAAACUUUAUAUAAUGUCUAUAAUACUGUUUGUUUUAUAAACUCUAUAUUCACUUACAGCGGUUUCAGCAAAGCUUGGUUAUAUUUUAAAUAACGGUUUUGUGCGAUAAUAAUCAAUUCUUUUUAAGAAAGUUAUGGUCUUUUUCGGAAAGAAGGUUCCCCAAAUGUAUACUUAUGGCAAGAUUAAUGUUUUGUGCUAAUUAUUUUUUUUUUUUUGUUGAGAGGCGAUACUGAUGUAGCCAAGUCGUAGGUUCAUAUUCCGCACGCAUCAAUGUCUUUUAAUUCAUACAAAUUAAUGAUUACUUCUAAAAUGAUAGGCAGUUAGCGUGAGGCAACUAGCGCACUUAAGAUUUCUUAUGUUUGUGCCACGCCAGAGACCUGCGGUUUAAAUCUUUAAAACCGUACUAAAAGAAGAAGAUAAGAAUUUAAUGACUCUUAGAAAGUUGUUUAUCAUCGUUCACAGAAAAAAUAUUUAAAAUUAGACCGAGUUUUGUUUAAACAUGUUGUGUAUUGUGUAAAGAAAAUAUAAAGAUGUUAUGUACUCCAAUAAUGGGAUCAAAUCUCAUAAGAUCUUUGUUUAACGGCUAUCCUAUAGUUCCAAAACAUUAUUCCCUAUUAUAUAAACACUAAACAUUAUAAUUUAUUAUUAUAAUAAUUGCAUAUUAGUCAAAUGCAUUAAGAGCAGAAUAUGCUGAUCAUUUGAUUAGGCUAUUUAGUAAGAGGGGAUGAAUAAAUGGUACAAUGUGAGUGCUAGGGAUGUGUGGAUAUGUGAUAAUAGUUUGAAUUUAAGUGAAUAGUGUUAGCAAGUCACAUGUCUUCGAGAACUUAACUAUCUGAAGCAUCAGAUCUCAUCAUAACUCAAGUCUUCAUAGGAGUGAAUAUGUACGUAUUUGCAUAUAAAUUUAAACCUAAUAGAUGACUUAAAAAUGUUUCCUAAAGGCUCAAAUUAGACAAUUAAUUUAGUCAAACGUUGUAACCAUUUUCGCCUCAUUAUUUAUAAUGGUAAAAUUAUAACCACUACAGUAAAAUAGCUUUUACAUAUCUCUGCAAUUACAUACAUAUCUGCUGCUAUGAGAUAUAUGGAAAGACGCUAAAUAAUGUAACUUAGAAUAACAGUGUAGCUAUCUAACUAGCGUUAAACUAUCAUAAUUUAUGAAUUAGUAUUUUUAUUUAUUUUAUGAGAAAAAUAAAUCAUUUCAUUUACAAGAUGA